UUUGUUUAAUAUAUAUUUAGUUAAAUCAUCAAUCAUAUGUAUGACUUGCCAGUGACUUGCUUGACUCGAGCUACGACUUGACUUGACUUGCUUGACAUAAAGCAGUGACUUGACUUGACUCUCACAAAAAAUGACUCGGACUUGCUUGAGACUUGAAGGUUAAGACUUGAGACUUACUUGUGACUUGCACAUGUGUGACUUACUCCCAGCUCUGAUUAAUAAUAUUUAGUUCUUUACUAGUCUGUGUGUAUGUGUGAGUGUGUAUGUGUGUGAGAGAGAGAAGUGUGUGUGCGCGUGCGCGCGCGUGUCGUCUACCCUCCUCCCCUGUAGUAUAUUACAGACUGAGUGGCGGGACGUGUUCAUUCUACUGGCGGGAGUUUCAACCGAAUUAACACUUUCUGUCCUGGAAUGCCAACUUUUUACUUUAUCCUGUUGAUCCACAGGAGUUUUACUUUAAUGUAAGUCACCGUUCACGCAUGAGAUUCCCUCAGUUUUAAUGAUCUCUUUAUUACAGUUAGCUAACCUUCUAAACUUUUAUCAGCUAAAGAGUUUCCUCAGUAACAGAAGCUGGAUCUUCUCUGCCAUGGAUUUGUCCUCGCCAAAGGAGGCUUUAUAAAGGAAAUCCCAAGGCAUUCUAACCCUCCAGGGUGGAAGAUGACCAGCACUUUAUCGGACAGCCGACAGUUGAACCAGAAAUUUGAGGCUGUUGCUCAUGACAAGGAAGCGAAGAGGAUCAUGGGACCUUUGUCUACACCCACGAAGGGGUCCGAGGUGGCGGGAGGAGGAGAACCGUGGACGCCAACGUCCAACCUGAAAAUGCUGAUCAGUGCGGCGAGUCCUGAAAUACGCAACCGAGAGAAAGAGAAGACCGUCAGCGAGGAACUGGAGAACUCCUCUCAGGACACCGAACAAGGAGAAGAGUCAGAGAGGCUGCAGCUCAGCCGCAAGGAGAAAAGCCUUGGCCUGCUGUGUCACAAAUUUUUAGCUCGUUAUCCAGAUGAUCCCAAUCCAGCUGUAAACAACGACAUCUGCCUCGACGAUGUUGCUGUUGAACUGAAUGUGGAACGGCGGCGUAUUUACGACAUCAUGAACGUCUUGGAGAGCCUGAACAUGGUCAGCCGUCUGGCCAAAAACCGCUACACGUGGCACGGCCGUGCCCAACUAGCACACACGCUAGCACUGCUGCAAAGAGAGGGAGAGAAACAUCACUACAACCAGCAGAUCCAGCAGAUACGACAAAGACAUGCAGAUGACGUGCUGGAGAUGGACGGAGAGGAGAAAGAGAACGAGGACACGGAUCUAGAAAUCACACUGAGGGAGACGGUCUUAAGUGAAACCUCGGCAGACGCUAAAGGGGCUAGCCGUAAGGACAAGUCGUUGCGUGUGAUGAGUCAGAAGUUUGUCAUGCUCUUCCUGGUGUCCAGUCCCCGUGUAGUGAGCUUGGAAACCGCCGCCAAGAUUCUGAUAGGAGAAGACCAGGUGGUGGACCAGGACAAGAGCAAGUUCAAGACAAAGAUUCGUCGUCUGUAUGACAUCUCGAACGUCCUCAGCAGUCUUAAGCUUAUUCAGAAAGUGCACGUGACUGAAUUACGAGGACGAAAACCAGCGUUUAAAUGGACCGGACCAGAGAAUCUGUCCUUACAGGGUUUGCAGGUCGAGCCGUCGUCUUGCCCUGGCCCCCUCGAAUCUCGCUCGUCCAUAGAUAACUGCACCAAAAACCUGUUCUGCUCUCCCGGCACUAAGCGAGGCUUCACCCGGCAUCAUUCACUCGUCAAACUGGCCAAAAGCAUCCAGGACGAUCGCAGGAAGAUCAGCUCUGCUCCAACAAGUCCUGUUAAAAUCACCAGCGAUUCAGCUAACGGACGAUUCUGUACGAGUAAAAUGGAUCACCUCGCUGAGAUCUGUAAAAUGCAGCUAGACCAGCAAGCUGUCAACGUUCAAAAGCAGAGCAAUCAGAAAGACGAAGAGAAAAGCUCGCCUGUUCCUCGCUCAAUGACAUCCGGGGCGGAGGCUUGUCCCCCGACGGUACAGUUAUCGUUUGCUCCUCCUCCUCCGUGCUGCUCUCUCGUUCCUGUGCUGCUUCCUCAUGCUGUGUACGUCAGCCACACCCCUGUCCGUCCUCGCCCCAUCGCCAGGCCUCCGCCCUCCACCGCUGUGCGCUCCAUGACCUUUGAAAGUCCCAGAGGAGCAAACACGAAGGUGUCACCACCGUCUGUAACAAUUACGAACCAGAGGUUGCUGCACGGUUACGAGCCGGCAAGUCCGGCCCUGAAACGGACGUGUUUAACGAGUUUAGAAAGAAGUCCGGCUAAGAUCAAACGGAUCGAGACAAACUCAAAGAGUUUGUCCCCCAAGUUGUGCCAGAUCCUACAGGCUCGUCUGAAAGACCGCAGAGGAGCCCUGACUUCCAGCCGUGCCUCAGCAAGAGCUUUGCACCUCGAACCUGAAUUUAACAAAACACCCCAUAAUAAUCCCGACACGCUGGAGCACAACACGGAGCUGCAGCACUUCCUGGAGACAGAGGAGCGGGAAGAGAAAUCACAGAACCACACCCAGGCCACGCCCACUCCGCAGGACUCGAACAGACACACGAACACAGAGACUCUGAUCCCCACAGGUUAUUUGAUUCCAAUUUCCCAGCAGCCGCUGCUUAGCUUUAAGGAGACUCCGACCUCCAGUGGAGAUGCACAUAAAACUCCUACAUACAUCUAUCACACACCAACUGCAGGUUCGAUAGCUCCUUCACCUCAGGAGUUCACCCCAUCUCCAUUACCUGUCCAUCGCCCCACCCACCGGGUCAGCCCAAACCCUUCCAUUCUCAACUUCACCCUGCAGAACCUCGCUCUGAUCCACAACACGCACGGGGCCACACACAUGGCACCUGCAGCGGAGCAGCCCAGCCCCAUCCCCUGCACCCACACGCUCCACACAUCGCAUGCUCACACACCGCUCCAAUCACACGGCAUGAUCUUCAUCAAGCCUGUCUCGCCGCUCACACUCAUCAGCCUGCAGCAGCCUUCCCUGACCACACCCAAAAGUGGCUCCGCCCCUCAGCAGUGCUUUUUCCACACACCAGUCUCCACCAUGGUCACGCCUACUGCCAAUAAGAGCCUGUACAUCCCUCAGAGGAAGCUGGACGUGAACUCAGAGGAGCACUGAGAUCAUCCACCAGUCACCACUAAUAACUUCUAAGCUGUAUACAUGGCUGUUUAAUUAUCUGAAUGUUUUGUAGCUUUGGCUUUACCUUUAUGACUUACUGGUCCUGAUUUUUCACUUGGACUUUCUUGGAAAAACAGAGCCAUGUGCGUGUGUGUGUGUGUGUGUGUAUGUAUGUAUGUAUGUAUCUAUGUAUGUGUGUCUGGAUGGGUGGGUGGAUGUCCAAAUAAACUGAAAAACUUGAUCUUUGCAUUCAGGUGCUAGCAUCUCUCUCUGGUUAGCAUUCUAAAAAUGCACAGCGGCAUCAAAAAUGCAUAAAGAACAAUUGUGUGUUUGAUUCAACAAAUAAAUUUGAGUCUUGGUGAGAA